CAACUGCCUUCUCCAAAACAGAGGUGGUAGAACUAGGAGAAGCGCCGUGGUUUCUCUUUCUCCUAGAGCUAGGGGAAGCAGAGCUGGUAUGGAGCUGCUGGCGUUUCUCACUGCACUUUCCUUGCAUCUCUGCACUGCCCUGGCCGGGAUGGACUCGUGUUACGAGCAGGAGUCAGGAAAAGCCCAGAGAUGCAUGCCCGAAUUCUGCAAUGCUGCUUUCAAUAGGACAGUGCUGGCCAGCGACGCGUGUGGCUUUCCCGGCCCGGAGGAAUACUGUCUGCAGACCGGCGUGACUGGAGUCACCAAGUCCUGCCAAGUGUGCGACGCCCAAGACCCCCAGCGGAGCCACAAUGCCAGUUACCUGAACGACUUCCACAAUGAGCAAGAGCCCACCUGGUGGCAGAGCCCGUCAAUGCUGCACGGUGUGCAGUUCCCCAACUCGGUCAAUCUGACCCUGCACCUGGGAAAGUCAUUUGAGAUCACCUACAUCCGACUGAAGUUUCACACGAGCCGGCCGGAGAGUUUUGCCAUUUACAAGAGAACGAGGGAGGAUGCCCCCUGGAUUCCCUACCAAUAUUACAGUGCUUCAUGCCGUCAAACAUACGGCACUUCUGGCAGGAACUUUCUCCGUCUGGGGGAUGAAGAGCGAGUGGCAUUCUGCACUGAGGAGUUCAGUGACAUCUCCCCUCUGACUGGAGGGAAUGUGGCCUUCUCCACCUUGGAAGGGAGACCCAGCGCUUACAGUUUUGACACCAGCCCCAUGCUGCAGGAGUGGGUGACAGCCACUGAUCUGCUAAUUUCCUUAAACCGACUGAACACCUUUGGUGACGAUCUCUUCAAGGAUCCGCAGGUCCUCCGGUCCUAUUAUUAUGCCAUAUCUGAUCUAUCUGUGGGAGGCAGGUGUAAGUGCAACGGUCAUGCCAGUGAGUGUAUAACCAAUGACCAGGGCAGGCUGGUGUGUAAUUGCCAGCACAACACAGUUGGCGUGGACUGUGACAAGUGCCGUCCAUUUUUCCAUGACAGACCUUGGGCACGUGGAUCCUCACAGGGUGCGAAUCAAUGUCUGCCCUGCAACUGCAGUGGAAGAUCGGAACAAUGUACCUUUAGUGCGGAUCUAUAUCGUAGGACAGGACAUGGAGGGCUGUGCCUGAACUGCAGGGAUCAUACAGCCGGGCAGCAUUGUGAGAAGUGUGAAGAGAACUUCUAUAGGAAGCAUGAUGCUGAACCCUGUCAACCCUGCAACUGCAGCCUCAUGGGGUCACUGAGUUUGCAGUGUGACCAGAACGGAGACUGCACUUGCAAAGCAUCUGUCAUGGGAAAAAAAUGUGACCAGUGCCAGCUGGGCUAUCACUCGCUCUCGGAGGGAGGAUGCAGACAAUGUGCGUGUCGCCCUGAAGGCAGUGUCGGUGACUGCCAUCCAAUCAAUGGAGACUGUACCUGCAAACAGAAUGUGGAGGGAGCCCUGUGCCACAGUUGUAAGUCGGGAACUUUCAACCUCCAACCUCACAACCCUCACGGCUGCAUCAAUUGCUUCUGCUACGGACACUCAGCAGCUUGUACCUCAGCCUUGGAGUUCAGUGAGCACCGAGUGGUGUCAACCUUCAGCCAAGAUGCGGAUGAAUGGAAAGUACAGAAAUCAGGUGGCAGGGAAUCUCGGCUGGUUUGGGAGAAGAAUCGGAUCAGUUUGUUUCCAGAGAAUGGGAAAUGGGAAUAUUUCAUUGCACCAGAAAAGUUCCAGGGUAACCAGCUCCUCAGCUAUGGGCAGAAUCUCACCUUCAUUCUUGACUUGGAAAGUGAGGAAAUGCAGUCCUUCAGCCUGAUUCUGGAAGGUUCUGGAAGCCAUACAUCAGUCAGUAUUUCUCCACAUGUGCAGAAAGAGGGAUUCGCCCGGCGGUGGGAAGUCACCUUCAUACUCCAUGAGGCAGAGGACAGCAUCCACACACCAACCUUGUCCAGUUUCCAGUUCCAACAGAUGCUCUCCAAUCUCACUGCUGUGAAAUUUGGCUGUUCGGGGGCUGCUUCCUUUCACCUGAGAGACGUUACCCUGGUUACAGCUCAGGCUGGUCUCUUGCCUCGUGCUGCCUGGGUGGAGGAGUGCGUGUGUCCUGAAGGCUACAUCGGACAGUUCUGCGAGUCCUGUGCCCCCGAUUAUAAGCGAGAAAUCCCCUUUGGUGGGCCAAUAAUUCCCUGCGUCCCGUGCACCUGCAACCACCAUGGAACCUGCGAUCCUGAAUCGGGUAUUUGCCAGUGUUUGCACAACACCAAUGGAUCCUCCUGUGAGCAGUGUGCGAAAGGUUACUAUGGAAACCCAUUUCGGGGCAGGUACAAUGACUGCAAACCUUGCCCGUGUCCUGAUCAGUCCAACUGUGCCAUGAUAGAAGAGACAAAAGAAGUGGUCUGUAUAAGCUGCCCCAAGGGACAAACAGGGAAUCGUUGUGAAAUUUGUGAUGAUGGCUUCUUUGGUGAUCCGUUGGGGCAAAAUCAGUUUGUCCGCCCCUGUAGGCUGUGCUAUUGUAAUGGGAAUGCUGACCUCAACGCCGUGGGCAACUGUGAUCACCUGACAGGGGAGUGUCUGAAGUGUUUGUUCCACACGGUUGGCCAUUACUGUGACAGGUGUGAGGAUGGUUUCUAUGGGAACGCUCUGGACCCCAACCCAUCCAACAAGUGCCAACCAUGUAACUGCAAUCCAGUUGGUUCAGCUCACGAACUUCAGACCUGCAAUGCCGUAAGUGGCCAAUGUGAAUGCCUACCCAAUGUAACUGGCCGAGAUUGCAGCCGAUGUGAGCUGGGCUACUAUAACCUGCAGCCUGGCGUGGGCUGCCUCAGAUGUGGCUGCCACCCUGUGGGAUCGCGGAACAGUUUCUGCCAGCCUGAGACUGGACAGUGCAGCUGUCGACCUGGCGUCGAGGGGAGAUUGUGUGACAAAUGCAGGCGGGGAUACUUUGACCUCUCUGAGAAAGGUUGUCGAGCCUGUGACUGCUCUCCGCUGGGUUCCUCGGCAAUGCAGUGCAGGGAUAAUGGCUCCUGUGUCUGUAAGAAGGGUUUCACUGGAUGGAAGUGUGAGCAAUGUCAGGAGAAUUAUUUCAUCAGCCCCUCCUCCUUUCACUGCCAGCAAUGCCCUGUCUGCUACGGCCUGGUGACGAGGCUGCAGCAGCGGAUGAACAAGCUGCAGGAGGAACUGGACAAAUUCAGCAGCCAUCCUGAGCAGUUCUAUCAGCUUUACACCAACCACCUGCAGUUAGCUCUCAAAGACAUGGAGAUCCAGUCGGAGGCUGCCAUUAAAGUGUUUGGACAAUUUGAUAAGGUCUGCAGAAGCUCUUCGUGCAGCAAGUGGGAGAGGUGGAGAUUCUCUCUGCACACAAUUGGCCUGAAACUAACCAACAUCAGUCGGGCCUUGGACUGUGAGAGGAACGAGGAUAAACACUGCCACCUGGUGUCUGACAGCCAGCUCCUCAUCAGCACCAGCCGCAGGGAGCUACAAGCAGCCAAAGAAGCCCUGGACAACAUGCAGGUACCCAUGCUGAUUCGUGGCUUUCCUGGCGAUGAAUCCCAGAAUUGGACCAGGGUGGUUCAGGAGUCCCGCACUCUUGCAGAAAGUCAUGUCAGAGAAGCAGCAGAGGUGGAGUCAAUCGUGAGACAAGUCCUGGCUGCAUCCAACCAAAGCUACCUCAUCCUGUCCGGCAUCAUCGAGGACAAUUCCACGGCUGGAGAUGUCGCAGAGGCUGAGGACCGGCUGCAGGUGUUUCAGAGUAAAAGAGACGAGCUGGAGGCAGAGGUGGAUGAGGUGCUGAAGGAGGCGAAGAGACAAUACAGCUACACUCAAAAAGCUCGAGGCUCAAGACCAAUUCAGCUACUGAAUCUUACUGAAUUAAAGCUGGAGAACUGGGAUAAUUUAACCACAGAGAUUGAGGAUCUCGAGAGCACUCUUUGGUCCAAAGACCAGCAGAUCAAGGAACUCUUCGUGGAGUUGGAACCUCGGAUGAAGGUCUUGACCAAGGGGUUGGAAACCAAGCAAUCCUAUGAGCAGCUCUUGAGUCACGUCAAAUCUGUCCGGGCCACCGCAAAUGCAUCACUGCACCAAGCCCUACAGAUAAAGGAAACAGGAACCUCCUUGCUGAAAACUUUGGAAGAUAACAAGCGAACGUUUUCUGUGAGGAAGCUGAAAAGCAAGGGGGUUUUCAGGAAGAUGGGGCUCAGAGAGAGGAUGAUUGCAGAGGCAAAGAAGAAGACCGCACAGGCCAGGCGGAUGUUGGGAACGGCCCAGUCGAGUUCAACAGUCAGCAAUGCCACAGCUGUCCAAACCUCACAUGUCAUCAGAGGCAUUGCAAAGGAAGCCCAGAAGAUUAGGAGGCAAUCAAGGGACCAGGCCUUGCAAUCUGCCUCACUGCACUCGCAGCUGGAGGCCACACGAGAACAAAUUGACGCCCAGGAGGACCUAGUGGCAGCUCGGAAGGCAAUCGUCCAGGAGAACACAGAAACAGCAGCUGAGGUUCUUGGUGAGACAGAGGUGCUGAGUAAGAGCAUGAAGCAAGCAAAGCACUCCCUCGAUCGUGAUGUGAAGCAGUUGACAGAAUUGCUGAGAAAAAUAGACAUCCUACAGAUUGGCAGAAUAACAGAAGAAACCUUGAAUAAAACACAGAAUCAGAUAGGAGCACUGAGAUUCACAAUCAAUCAGAAACUAACGCGGAAAGUUCGGGAGUUGGAGGCUGCCUCCGAGAUGCAGAUCCUGAAGAUGAAAGUAUUUGAAAAGGACAUUGCAGAGAUCCAGGCAGACAAGCACAACCUGGAGGACAUUGUUCAGAACUUGCCCCAGGGUUGUUAUGACAAAGCAGGGCUAAGAAGGCAGUGAGAAGUUGAGGAAGAAGGAGAUUGCUGUGGAUGGUUUUUGUUAUAUUCUCAAGCUAUUUGCCACGCCACCUGUUAGAUGCCAUUUAAUGGAUUAUUCCAGAUCAUUAAUUCGGUUGGGUCGUUAAUCCCUCAAUGUUCCUUCUGAUUUUUAACCCUUCAUCUGCUCCUCCUAUUUUUGUCGGUGGUUAUGACAUGGGAGCCGUGACCCUUUUGUAUCUCAUGCAGCUGGUUGGUGUCUUCUAAACCCUUCAUAUUGUUUGUUGAAUGAUUUCAUACCACCAAACCUAAUACUGUGCUCAUUUUAAUGUUUUGGCACCCCCCCCCCCCCCCCCCCCCCACUUGUGGCAAGAUUGCAGGACAACUGCAAAGCCUUACUUUCUAACUGGUCCCUGGUGUGGCAGGGGUGGGAAUGCAGAGACUUUCCCCUUGUUUUCAACAAGUCUAAACUGACAUGUUCCCUAAAUAAUUCACUACCAACCCUCUGUUCAUUUACCCAUUAAAGACUUGGGGGUGUUAUGAUAUCAGAAAAUCUCUUUACAUUCAAAUUGGCCUGUAACCCUUAAAUGUAAUGUUUCUACCUGAUGGCUUCAAAUAUGAUCUUAACCAAACAAGAGAGAGAUCACUAAUGCUGAUAGGAUCCAAACAGAUGCAAUAAUAAACUUGCAUUUACAGUUAUGAUUUUGUUUAAAAAGAAUUAAUGGAUGUGGUAUUAGUUUGAAGCUUCUCCUCCCUGCUACAGCCAGGUUGGUGAAGUUCUAGUUCAGUAUUAGUUUGCCGCAUUUGAGAUCUGUGAACUGAGUGAAGAAGCCAUUGAACCUGGGGCUGUACUUAUCCAUAUAGCAUUCACAAUUUGCCGGCCUUCAAAAGGAAAACUAUUCAUUUUUAAUAGUUUUUUUCUGAGCAGAUGGCCAGGCAUUUUUAACACCCUCCAAUGUAUAAAAUACAAUGUAAAAUAAUCUGUGACUGAUGACAGAAUUAUGUUGCUUUCCAUGAAUUGAAGAUUAGCCUUAACAGCAAAGUAAUAAAUUCCAUAAUCACAGUACUUCUGUGUUUAUAAAACUAUGUAUCCAACAAACUUUAUAAAGAUUCUCUUUCAAAUUUAAGAUAUCCCAAAAUGCUUUACAGUAAGUUACAUCCUCCUGUUGUCUUUUAUCACAAUAGUACUGGAAUCCAUUAGUCCAUUCAGCAACAAUUUGCAUAAAUAGCAGUCUUAACAAAGUGUCCAAUGAACAAUCUUGUAAAUUUUGAGUGAUUGCAGUCAAUGGCUGUUUUCAGGCAUUUUAAAUGAUACUGAGAGCUGAGAAUUUCAACAUUCCAAGACACUUCACAGGAGAGUAGCAAGACAAAAAUUGACACUGAACCAAUAAAGUGAUUUGAUAUGGUUGCUAAAAGCUUAGUGAAAGAGGUGGAUGUUAAGGAGUGUCUUAUUAAAAAAAAGAUGCAAAGAAGUUUAUGGAGGAAUUUGCAGUCAUCCUGAAGAUGUAAUUUCCAAUAUGUCUCCAGUUUAAUUACAAUAUUAAAAAGCUUUCCUUCAUAGAAUCCACAAGUUAGAAAUUCUCAGCUCUCAGUAUCAUUUAAAA